AUGAUGUCUGAUGUUCUUUUUGAGAUUUUGACUCGAACAACCUUAGAAACAAUGGAUACAUGUAAGGUGGUUAGUAAGGAAUUGAAGGAACUCAUCAACGACCCAUGGUUCAUGCAAACUUACAGUCUGAAAACGCAAAAUAUCUUUGGAUAUUUUGUUCAAACAGUCAAAGGCAAUCAUCAUCUAUCCCAAUUUGUCCCUAUCAAUCCAACCUUGAACGUUCAGAAUAAUAUUUCUAUGCAAUGCUUUGAGGAUGACUUGAAGAUCUUGGCAUCUUGUAGUCAAGGAAUUCUGUGCUGUAGAAAGUAUGAAAACAGAUCAUAUCAAUAUUAUGUUUGUAAGCCCAGCACUAGCCAACUUGUUGCAUUGCCUAGUCCCAGGAAGCCAGGUCAGCUAUUUGAACGAGUUGCUUUGACAGUCCUUAAAUCAAAACCUUUUCACUAUCAAAUAGUUAGAUUCUCUGACUAUCAUUAUUCGUCAUCAGGACAAGAUAGCUAUAUAUGUGAGGUUUUUGAUUCCAAACUUUGGACAUGGAGGCAGUCCAAAAACCUUGUAAUGGAGCAAUGCACGAUUUUCGGCCAUCAACCGUCUGCCUGUAUAGGUGGCAUAGUCUAUUGGCUUACGAACAAAAACUCAAUUUUAACAUUUGACUCGACAACAGAAACUCAUUCGGAGUUCUCAACACCGACAGCGGAGUUGUCGAACGAUGAAGGCUACGAGAAAAAACAAAUCAUGGAGUACAAUGGGAAGCUAGGGUUUUCGUGCGAGUACAAGUCAGAAAAAUUGUUGCUUUGGGAGCUAGAAGACAGAAGAAAUUGCAAGUGGAAGAUAAAGAAUGUUGUGGAAAUUGAUAACGAUGAAAAGAGGUUGAUAGGUUGCAGCCUUGCAGACAUGGCUUUGAUGAUUGGGUAUAGGCUUCAAGUGUAUAAACAUAGUGGUCUGUAUUUUCCUAUGGAUAUUUUUCCCUUCCGAACAAAUUGGGAGCCAGUUAAUUUGAAGGGAGAUGAGAUAACAGGGAUGUGA